AUGUGUAACUCACACGCAGACCCUAGCCUUCAAAUACCGCUCGAGAAGCCUGCGUAUUUAAAGAAAGCGGUUGCUAGCCAGUUUAAUGAGGCCCAAACCCACAUUGGGGUUGACUUCCAAGGAGCUCUCAUCCACAGGUUCCAGAAUGGCACUUCCACCAUCUGCCAUAUCGACCUCUUCGUCUGUCAGCUCGGAAUCCUCGCUCUCGUCCCGGCUCUCGUUCACCCUGAAACUGGUAAGACCCGUCACAGUCGUGAGAUCUACCUCGACAACCAUAUCCUCCCAUUGAGGAUCUUGGAUGAUAUCUUGGUCCGAAGAGGCCGUUUCAGGGGCCACAUUGACAGACGCGAUUUCGACGUCAUCAUCAAAGGAGAUCAGAUUACCUGGGAUGGCUUCAGAUGGCUUGAAGACUGGAGCAAUGGGAGAAAGCUUGGAUGCGGCAGCCAAGGCCUUCUUCCUUUUAGACGUCACCUUCGAGUGGGUAUCACUGUCAGAUUCGAAACUGAUCAGUGCUUCCUCCGACUCGGGCUCAACGGGCGAUGGGAUAUUCACAUCAGAAAUGUAGACCGGGGACUCAACCUUCUCCUUGAGCGGUAG